GAGGGGGGAGCGGCGGCGGCGGGCGGCGGCCGCGGGCCCUGCGGCCCCCUCUGGCGGGCGGCGGCCGCGCUGCGCGGCGCGGCGCUCGGUCUGUCCGUGUGUCGGUCCGUCUGUCGUUCCGUCUGUCGGGCCGGGGCUGCGGCAGCGGCGAUGAAAUUCCCCGGCUCCGUCCUGGUCUCCGUCGUCCUCUUCGUGGCCGAGACGGCGGCCGCGCUGUGCCUGAGCGGCGCGUACCGGGCGGCGGGGGACCGCAUGUGGCAGUGGCUGACGCUGCUCUUCGCCCUGCUGCCCUGCGCGCUGGUGCAGCUCAGCCUGGUCUUCAUCCACCGCGACGUGAGCCGAGACCGGCCGCUGGUGCUGCUGCUGCACCUCCUGCAGCUCGGGCCCCUCGUCAGGUGUGUGGAGGUCUUUUACAUUUACUUCCAUGCCGGCAGAGUCGAAGAGCCGUAUGUCAGCAUCACGAAGAAGAGGCAGAUGCCCAAGGAUGGGUACUCAGAAGAAGUUGAGAAGGAAGUGGGCCAGGCCGAAGGCAAGCUGUGUACGCACAGGUCUGCAUUCAGCAGGGCCUCUGUGAUCCAGGCAUUCCUCGGCUCAGCCCCCCAGCUCACGCUCCAGCUCUACAUCUGUGUCCUGCAGCAGGAGAUAACGGCCGCCAGAAGUGUUUUUAUGGUCCUUUCUCUCCUAUCAAUUGUAUAUGGCGCCUUACGCUGCAACAUCCUGGCUAUUAAGAUUAAGUAUGAUGAUUACGAUAUCAGUGUGAAACCAGCUGCCUACCUCUGCAUAUUCAUGUGGAGAAGCUUUGAGAUUGCUACACGGGUUAUAGUGCUGGUCCUUUUCAGCUCAGUCCUUCAGAUCUGGACUCUCCCUGUUGUGCUAGUGAAUUUCUUUGUUUUUUUCUUUUACCCGUGGAUUCUCUUCUGGCAAAGCAAGUCCCCAUUUCCCGAGAACAUAGAGAAGGCAUUGAGCAGAGUCGGCACCACCAUUGUCUUGUGCCUUCUCACCUUCUUGUACGCAGGCAUUAACAUGUUCUGCUGGUCGGCAGUGCAGGUGAAGCUCAAUGAUCCUGACUUAAUUAACAAGUCCCAAAACUGGUAUCGUCUGACUGUAUACUAUAUGCUGCGAUUCAUUGAAAAUGCAUUCCUACUGCUGAUGUGGUACAUCUAUAAAACUGAUAUCUACUUGUACGUCUGUGCCCCGUUGUUGGUCUUGCAGCUCCUGAUAGGUUACUGCAUGGCUAUCCUCUUCAUGUUGGUGUUCUACCAGUUCUGCCACCCAUGCAAAAAACUCUUUUCAUCCAGCAUUACCGAAGGUUUGCUCUCCUGUUUCAAGUUCCUCUGCUUUGUCUGCAAGCCUCCCAAGUCCACCAGAGUAACAGACAAGGCAGAGUUGAAAUCAUCUGAAAAUGCUGAUGGAUCACAGAGCAGUAACAAGACAACAGAUUCUCAAAAUGGGAAUCGUCAUCAAAGUGUUUCUUCCAAUGCCUAGUGUAACUGGAAACAAGUAUGUGCCUUGGGAAGGUUGCAGGUCACCUGCUGGGAAUGUUGGGCAUCUUGGAUACUGUGUCUUGUGGGUGGGUUUUCUUUCUUGCAGGUGAACACUGCAUGAAGACUGACAAGCCUACCUUUAUGGAAAACGUUGUUUAUGGGUAUGUGUACCUGUGCGUGAUUAUGUAGAAUGUAGAAAGCAGUCACUGUUUGCAGAUUUCUGUUUCAGAUUCUUUUUGACAUGGUUUUAUUAUCAUGUGCUCAAUUUGAAAUCGUUAUAGAAGACAUCCUUCAAAAACUAACCUGAUUCUCAUCUUACUCAGGAAAUCUGAGAAUGGAAGGAAAUGCAUUUUAUUUCAGAUAGGAUGUCAUUAAGGCAUGCCACCCUAGCAUGGAAACAGAGUAUAGUCUUUGACUAUAUAUUGACUGUAGCUGUGGUCUGCUUUCCUCAGAUGGCAGACUUUUUUUACACUCUAAUCAAUGUCAUAAAAUAAUUCUUCUCUCUGUGGCAUAAGAAUUUGACUUCUACAUUGCACAGGAGCCUAGGUUGCCAAGGAACAGCUAAUUAGACAGCACUAAUACUGAAAUGUGACUGUUAACUGAGAAUGGACAGAGGGGUUAUUGGCUUACGCACUGUUUUACUCUUCAUAUUUGCUGCUUGUUAGUAAGGGAAUUAAAUUUAACACAUUAAUUGUAAUGUUCUGGAAUAGCUCACUGUUCUGAUAUAAUCAUUUAAAUAAUACUUUAUUAUUUUUGUUAGGGUGGGGUUCGCUUUACAUGACUUGAAAUAUCUAGAAGCUGGGUGGAUUGUAUGAACUAGUCAGGUACGUGCUCUCCAGGGAGCAUCUCCAGUGAGUGAUUGAGCGCAUCUUAAAUGUUGUCUUGGGUGACACAGAUCAUUUCUGGAGACCUAUUUCUCAGUGUUAACCAGAUGUCUUGACCACUAGUCUUGACCAUGUCUCCAUUUUAGAUGGCUAAAAUUAGUAGGGACAAGUGCUACUGUGUUUGUCAGCAGUUUGAUAGUACACCAAGCAGGCAACUCAGUAACUUGUUAAGUGGAGACAGAAAAGACUGAGUCCUUUUUGAGGCUGUGAUGUAUUAUGCCUAGGUGAUAUCAGUACUGCAAAAACCUCAGGCUUCUUAUACCUCAGAAUUACCACAGGCUUGAAAUCUGAAAGAAAAUUGAAGUUGUUGACUUUUUCUUCAAUGCACUAUAUCACCACCACAAAUAAAGUGUUUCUGUGUUUUGCAAAUCACUGAGAAAACUUUAGCAGGUGGACAGGUAAGAAGUACAAUUUAGUAAAAUACACAAAAACAACUGCAUUUUAAAAAAAUAAGUGAAAGCUUUUUGCACUUUGAUGGCUUAGCACCUUGGGUUUCUUCUGUGCAUGGCACAUUGUGGCUGCUAGUGGAAAAAAAGCAAUUCAUGAUUCAAAGGACCUUCUGGUGUCCUCAGCUUAACUUCCAUCCUACUUUAUGGAAGAUGAGAAGUUCUUCAGUAGGGAUGAUAUCAACACCAUUUUAUUGGAAACGUCUCAAGCUGGGGUCUGAGGUCAUUUGUAAUGAGAUUUCACAUGCAGCGCUGCACAGAGCUAAGCUGUUUUUAUUUUUUAUUUUUUAUUUUUUCCUUUACUGCACUGUGAAUGAAUGUCUUCCUACUUCAGUUUUAUAAUGGAGUUAUGUUUUUCAUUUUGCUCGAUGUGUGUAUGUGUGUGGUAUGUGUAUGUAGAUUUCAUUAAAUUAUUGGUGGGUGGUAAUAGGAGUUUUUGACAUGAGCUUACUAUGGGAAUGUACUUGAUAUAUUUGGGGAAGGCACCCAAAACCAACAUCUCUAACUUCUCUCUGAGUAGCAUUAGAAUAGUGAAGUGAUUCCUUGAAGACAAUACAGUAUUUCUCUGUACUUCUGUACGUAAAGGUACAGUAUAAUAUUUCCUUUCACUUUUCUAGAUAUAGAAGAGUAUCUGUUUUGUUUUGUUUUGUUUUUUAAUGGUGAGUUAAAGGAGCAAGUGAGAAUGUCACCCCUUGAUUCCAAACCUUCAUAGUUCAGCACAUGGGGACAAUUUUUCAGGUAUUCUUAGAACUGAAUAUCUAACUUCAUAGUUGGACGGUCAUUGAUGAUCAGGGAAUUAAAGUCAUUGCCUAACUACAUAUGCACCCAGGUGAGAAAUUUUAGUCUUUGAGAACAAACUGACUUCAUGUGUAGAAGUACUUCACAGCUAAGAAUAGAGCUCUCAAGUCUUUAAAUCAGACUUUGGACACUGGAAGUGAUGGUCUGAUUGUGAUUUUGCCACUUGAAAACAGUGAAAACUUCACAAACCUCAGCUAUUUAAAUGCUUAUGCUACAGGGAAGUCAACAGGAGGGAGCUGUAAACAAGUCAGGAGUCCAGUAUAUAUAUGCAGUGAGUAUCAUUCAACUUUACAUGCUAACGAUGAAGACUAAUGUAUAUGCAUAUUUUUAGAGAAUGUACCAUAUUACUUCCUAUUUUUAUACUAGUCUUCUCAAGUGCAUGCAUAGGAGCCUGAAUAUUUACAUCACUGUUUUGAAAAUAAGAUUGUAUGGCUUAUAUCACUGUCAUAUGGUUUUGCCUUAGGUACAGACUCGCCAUAUACUAGCCAAAUACAGCUUAAACACAGCAUCAACAUGAGUGCCAUUGCUUUUGCUGUCCUUCUUUUUGCUGUGCCUCAUUAACUGUGAGUGCCAUUGCUUUUUCUGUGCCUCGUGUCACCGCAGCAUCACAUGCAGAUUGACUGACUAGCCAUAUCACUGCUCUGUGUAUGUUUUGAUCCUGCGGUGCUGUCAUUGUUGGUAGAAAGAAGGAAUGAGAGGGAGUCAGAGACAGACAUGUUCUGUUGCAUCAAGACCAGUGUUUUGGAGGACAAGUUUAUGUUUCUGAAGUGUGCUAUAAUGCCAGGAGAUGCAGAUUUUCCCAGGAUAGUGACAGUCUAGAUAGUAUUAUCAUCAAUACACCUUGUGGCUGCACAGAGAGAAGGGUAGUAUUAUCCAGGAAGGAUGUAUGUAUAUGAAAGAGUGAUGUCUUGCUGCGAGUUUACUGUGGCUUUUCAAUGUUAGAGGUGUAUAUGUUCAGGGUAUAGGGCUAAUGUUAAAAACUUAACUCACUUGAGUAGUCCUGAGUCACACAAAGGAUUGCUCAAUAAGGAUUGUUCAUGUAUAUGAGUAUGCAAGAUCUGGUACGUCUUUUAUACUUGUAAAACAACUCAAAUUAAAUUGUUGAAACACUAACUUGCAUUGUUUUGGUGUCGGUUCUUAGUAUACUGCACUCAGAAAUCCAAGUUAAAGGUUAUAUAGCACGCUGUCAUCUGGUACCACACAGCAGAAGAAAUGUUUUCAAGUAAAUCGGACAGAAGAAUAAUCUGUGAUUGAUCUGAGAGUUCUUCACCUAAAUCCAGUGGUGCUUUUAAUGCUACUUAGCUGGUGGGGAUCUCAGCUGAAUUUGUUAGUGGUUUAAAAGAAGUGACAUAAAAAAACAAUUUAGAUUAUUUGUUGUUAAGAUUUCAUUUUGUAUUUAACUGUUUUACAUUGGGAAGCAGAAAGAAAUCGUCAUUACCUUAUAAAGGACCUUGUGACAUUUUCCUGAACACUCCUUUCAUGCUCAUCUGGGUUUACCACAUGCUCGUCUCUGAUCUUGGUAAUAGCCAGCAAAAUCCUCACUGAGAACUACGGUGGAGUCAUGUGAUAUCUAUUUUAUACAUACAUAUAUCAGCUUAAAAUGUCAGCAUGCCACCUAAAUGAUGAACAGAAUUUUAAAGGUACUGGUGGUGAUGGACACCACUAUCUUCCCUCCCUAAAGCAUGGAAAGUAAUUAAUCUUUUCCUACAGAUACUGGUUUUAGUUUCAGGGGAUGAUUUUUAAAUGAAUGACAACUACACUUUAAAAAAAUGAGAUUUAAAACUAAAUGAAAUAUUUCAGAUUCAGGCACAGUUUUGAUAAUUUCUGUGGUUGUUUUAUUAAAAAAUCUUGAUAGUAUCUGCCUACAGAUUCAAUAGAAUCCCUGCUUUUGGUCUUCAAUGUGGUUUCUUAAAGAGAAGAGUCUGGGUAACCAUCCUGUCUCUCUGCCUACCCAUUCUCCCCAGAACAUACCAAAUUCAUUUGGCAACUUAAAAUUUUUCUGAAGGUAGAAAUCUGAGGGGAAAAAUAAACGACUUAUACACAUUUGUGAAGACAAUCAUCUACCAGGAGAAGAUGCAGAUUGACAGAAUGAACCUACUGAUAAGCAACGUUUCAGCAUUAAAUUACCUACUUGACCUUCUGGCUGACCACUUAGCAAGCCCACACCUGCCAAGCAAUCAGCACUCUUUUUAGGUGUGAUAAGGCGGUGUAUCACGCUCAGUGAUACACCUGCUACCUCUUGCUCCUGGAGUGAAAGAGGAUUAGAAGUUGUGGGGAUGGAGAGAUACAGAGGGAAAGAAGAUGAAGACUACAAUACGCGGGGCCACUGUCAGUUUUUAUUUCCUUUGGGAUGCCUCGCCCUGAGAAAGCAACACAGCAGUGAGCCUGGACAUGGUGACUAGUUAUUAUUAUUAUAACAUAUUUCAAGCAACCAAAUUCUGGAAUAUGCGUUACAUCGGUCUGACAUAACUGUAAGGACCGUAGCCCUCUAUGGUUUACCAUUAAAGACGGGGUUGAAUCAUGUUGUUGACAGUCAGUUUGAUUGUCCAAACAGUCAUGUUUGGACAAUCAAUUUGGCGUCAGUGAUCGAUACAGUGAAUUGUUUUGUCAAGACUUUGGCGGAUUGAUGGAGAAAGGCAUGGGAUAACCGUGCUUGCUCCAGCACCUCAGGCACCGUAACGUGUUGCCUGAUGCUGGUAAAUGAUGGCUCGGCUUUUCCAACUUCAGGCAGCUUCAGCAUCGCCUGGAGGGCCAGAGACGCGGGCUGCCGCAGGAUGGCAUCGUUGAGCCGAGCCUGCAAUCUCGGAUCAAGGAACGGCUCCGUCCCCCAUCAGCUGUGGGAUCCCGGCCCCCCGGAGGGGGUCGCCAGGCUGCCACUCCAUGUUACCUAGGGCAGCUAAUUAUCACCCCUCUUCCCAUUUUUGCUCCCAGAGCAAUUUUUGUUUUGGCGUUAAAAUCAGUGCGGCUAUCGUAAGGCACCAACAACUGACCAGUCAUAACAUAUUCUAAUAAUGACUGAGUGAAUGGUGCGCGUAAUUCAUGUGUAGUCACAGCCUUUCUUAAUUCUUUAAUUAGGUCCCAUUGGAAGGAGU